UGAAAAUGGAUAGUUGCGCAAGCCCUGAAAAGCGUUCGUUCGCCAUCGUUGAAGCGGAUGCCCGCCAAGAGACUAAGUGUGCAAAGAGGCGCCGGAGAUCUCCUUCGUUAGUGACGCUGAGCUACAAUGAACAACAGCAGCAUCCGCAGGCAUUGCAGAUUGAUCCAACUGCUGCUGCUGCUGCUACUACUACAAUCAAGAGGAGCUCAAGGUUCCGAGGAGUUAGCAGACAUCGGUGGACAGGGCGUUAUGAAGCUCAUCUGUGGGAUAAAGGGUCUUGGAAUGUAACACAGAAAAAGAAAGGAAAACAAGUCUAUCUUGGGGCAUACGAUGAGGAAGAAGCUGCGGCAAGAGCAUAUGAUUUGGCUGCCAUCAAGUACUGGGGUACUUCAACCUACACAAAUUUCCCUAUAUCUGAUUAUGACAAAGAGAUAGAAAUAAUGCAAAGCUUAAGCAAGGAGGAAUAUUUAGCCUCUCUGAGAAGGAGAAGCAGCGGCUUCGCAAGAGGUGUAUCCAAGUACAGAGGUGUUGCAAGGCAUCAUCAUAACGGAAGGUGGGAAGCAAGAAUAGGUCGUGUUUUUGGAAACAAAUAUCUAUAUCUUGGUACUUAUGGUACGCAAGAAGAAGCUGCACAUGCUUAUGACAUUGCAGCAAUUGAAUACAGAGGAAUCAAUGCAGUGACUAACUUUGACUUGAGCACUUACAUCAGAUGGCUAAGGCCUGCUGAGAAUGCAGCCGGACAUCAAGCCCUGAUUAGAUCAGAAAACGCAAUUCUGCAAGUCGACUCUAACUACAACAACCUCAAAAAUGAGCCAGAUUUCUCAAAUACCAGUUCCAUCGGCAUAAAAUGUCCUGCAAUAUCUCAGAAUCAUGAAAUCAUAGAAAGGAAGAUGCCUCUCAGCCCUUGUAACAAGGCAACAUCGCCAACUGCGCUAGGCCUCCUCCUCAGGUCUUCCUUGUUUAAAGAACUAGUAGAAAAGACUACCACCACUGCUGCUGCUGAUGCUAACGAAGAAAACAAUGUCAAGCAACGAGCGUGCAAGGGAGGAGACAAUGAGUUUCUGUUCUACAGCACUGGGAAUGCUCAUGAGGUUGCUUAUGAUGCAAAGGGCAAUGGAAUGACUGAGAAAAAUGUUUUGUCCUUGUAUAACAGAACAGCGCAGUCCUUUUGGAACAAUGAGCAAUAUGGGGGAUGAGAGCAUAUUGGAUGUAGGUAUUUUCUACUUAAGUAACUGUAGACUAUGUCAGUUUACAGUUAAAGAAAGACUGUCAGUUUGGAUGCUGAGAUAGCCAACAGCUGUGACAAUAAUAAUAUCUCUUGAUUUGAGGUCAAUAUGAGAUAAGAAACUCCAAGUGGUUUCUGGAGAAUUUAUAGCUAGAUUUGGAACAAACUGGAGAGGUAUUAUGCACAUGCAUAUGUGUGCGUGUGUAUUAUUACAUACCAGAUUUAUAUUUUUGUGAAAAGAAGA